UAAUUUAUUAUCUAAAAUCUAAAAUUGUGGUGAUGACCAUAGAUAAUAAUUAUUUCAUAAUGAACAGUAAUUAUUGACUUGCAUUUACUGUUUAGUAUUUGGUACUUAAUGUACUAUAAGGGUUGUAAUUACUGACUGUCUUUUAAGCUUUUGACAUUCAAAUAAUCAUUUAACGCCAAAUUAAUUUGUCUCUUACUACGGAAGAAAAUUUGUAAAAUAAAAUGUCAUGUUUAAAACUUGGAUCAAACUUAAAAUCUAACCAUCUCUUAUUAAAAACAUAUAGAUCUAAAUCAACAAUUAAAGAUAAAUUUCGUGAGACAAUUCAAAGUGGACCUGAUUUAGCUGAAUUUAUUAAUGAAUCUCCUGAAACAUUAAAAACCUAUAAUGGUAAAUUACGAAGAGAGAAAGGUGAAGAAGAGAGAUUACGUUUACCACCUUGGCUUAAAACUAAAAUACCAACUGGAGAAAAUUUUUCUAAAAUAAAAGAACAGCUACGUGACUUAAACUUACACACUGUUUGUGAAGAAGCUAGAUGCCCAAAUAUUGGUGAAUGUUGGGGUGGAGGUAAACACGGAACAGCUACAGCAACAAUUAUGUUAUUGGGUGAUACUUGUACUAGAGGGUGUCGAUUUUGUUCUGUUAAAACAUCUCGAGCUCCUCCGCCACCAGAUCCCAAUGAACCAGUUAAUACAGCGAAAGCUAUUGCAUCAUGGGGUCUGGAUUAUAUUGUCUUAACAUCAGUAGACCGUGAUGAUUUGAAAGAUGGUGGAUCUGCUCAUUUUGCUGAAACUGUUGUGGAAAUUAAAAAUCGCAAUCCUAAUAUUAUGAUUGAGUGUUUGGUACCAGAUUUUCGUGGAUCAUCUGAUCAUGUUAAAACUAUAGUAGAUUCAGGUUUAGAUGUUUUUGCUCAUAAUGUUGAAACUGUUGAAAAGCUAACACCAUUUGUUAGAGAUCGAAGAGCAGAUUAUAGACAAACUAUGUCAGUGUUGCGUAAAGCCAAAGAAUUCAAUCCACGACUCAUAACAAAAUCUUCUAUAAUGCUUGGUCUUGGCGAAACCGAUAAACAAAUUGAACAAACAUUAAUAGAUUUAAAAGAAUCUUUAGUGGAUUGUGUUACACUGGGUCAAUAUAUGCAACCUACAAAACGCCAUUUAAAAGUUAUAGAAUAUGUUACCCCUGAGAAGUUUAAACUUUGGGAAGAAGUUGGCAAUAAGUUGGGAUUCUUAUAUACAGCUAGUGGUCCACUUGUGAGAAGUUCAUACAAAGCUGGUGAAUUUUUUAUUGGUAAUGUAUUAAAGAAACGUAAAGACGCUCAAGAAUUUGAGAAUGCAAAAAUUAUUUAAAUUAUUGUUAUUAUAAUUGUUUGUUACAUUUUUUUGUGUAUUUUAAAAAAUUAUAGUAAGAUCUAAUUAAAAUAUAUUAAUAUAUGAAAUGUAAAAAUUCUUGCAUGGACCAUAAUAUUCCUAAGAAAUUCUG